ACGGAACUCGAGCGCCGGGAGCCUUGGUAACGCGCGGCACAUUUGCUUGUGAGCAGCGCGUGGGGCGGAGGCGAAGAGAGAGGCGUCGAGGAUGAAGAUCGAGGAGGUGAAGAGCACCUCGAAGACGCAGCGCAUCGCCGCCCACAGCCAUGUCAAGGGCCUGGGCCUGGACGAGGGCGGCGCGGCCAAGGCAGCGGCGGCGGGGCUGGUCGGGCAGGAGAACGCCAGGGAGGCAUGCGGUGUUAUUGUGGAAUUGAUCAAAAGCAAGAAGAUGGCCGGCAGAGCUGUGCUAUUAGCAGGACCUCCUGGAACUGGCAAAACUGCUUUGGCACUAGCUAUUGCACAGGAAUUGGGUAGCAAAGUUCCUUUUUGCCCCAUGGUUGGAAGUGAGGUAUAUUCUACUGAGAUAAAGAAAACAGAAGUUUUGAUGGAAAAUUUCAGAAGAGCAAUUGGAUUGAGGAUUAAAGAAACAAAAGAAGUUUAUGAAGGUGAAGUCACAGAAUUAACACCAUGUGAGACUGAGAACCCCAUGGGGGGAUAUGGCAAAACCAUUAGUCAUGUCAUUAUUGGGCUUAAAACUGCAAAAGGAACCAAGCAGUUGAAGUUGGACCCCAGCAUCUUUGAAAGUCUGCAGAAGGAAAGAGUAGAAGCUGGCGAUGUGAUUUACAUUGAAGCAAACAGUGGAGCUGUCAAGAGGCAAGGCAGGUGUGACACCUAUGCAACAGAAUUUGACCUUGAAGCGGAAGAAUAUGUACCUUUGCCAAAGGGAGAUGUGCACAAGAAGAAAGAAAUUAUCCAGGAUGUCACCCUGCAUGACCUGGAUGUCGCCAAUGCCCGGCCCCAGGGUGGGCAGGAUAUACUCUCCAUGAUGGGACAGCUGAUGAAGCCUAAAAAGACUGAAAUCACAGACAAACUUCGAGGGGAGAUCAACAAAGUGGUGAAUAAAUACAUUGACCAAGGCAUUGCGGAGUUAGUCCCUGGAGUGCUCUUCGUGGACGAGGUUCACAUGCUGGAUAUUGAGUGCUUUACGUAUUUGCACCGAGCGCUGGAAUCGUCUAUUGCGCCGAUUGUCAUCUUUGCUUCUAACCGAGGGAAUUGUGUAAUCAGAGGCACAGAAGAUAUAAUCUCCCCUCAUGGGAUACCACUGGAUCUUCUGGACAGAGUGAUGAUAAUUAGGACUAUGUUAUAUACACCACAGGAAAUGAAGCAGAUCAUAAAACUUCGAGCUCAAACAGAGAGUAUUAAUAUUAGUGAAGAGGCACUGAAUCAUCUUGGAGAAAUUGGCACCAAAACAACAUUAAGGUAUGCUGUGCAGUUACUCACCCCAGCAAAUCUUCUAGCAAAGAUAAAUGGGAAAGACAGCAUAGAGAAGGAACAUGUCGAAGAAAUAAAUGAACUCUUCUAUGAUGCCAAAUCCUCAGCAAAAAUCCUGGCUGAUCAGCAGGAGAAAUAUAUGAAGUGAAGAUGUUUUUUCAUCUUUGUAGUCUUCAGAUCUUCAUAUUAACUCAAAACCAGUGACUGGAAGAAAACAGCCAAGAGAAAUGUUACCUUUCAUUGAACCUGAGAAGCUCCUAAAUAACAAAAUAGUAUUUUCUGGCAAGAUGUAGAAUCUUUUGUCUUCUCUUUUACUCAGAUUGAGAGCUAAUGCUCUUGUAGCAUCCUAGUGUUUGCAAUCUUGGGUGUCUCUAUGGAUACAUUCAUAAAGGUUUAAUGGCUAAACUACUCAAAAUAAGCAGGUAAUGAUCUGUGCUCUUUGAAUUUUAUAUUAAAAGUAAUUGGAAAGCUG